AUGAGAUUGUUUGCUACUAUCGCUGCUUUUGCCCUUGCCCAAGACGAAACCUCUUGCGGCCCAAAUGAGCUCGAUUUCGAGGGAUUCUGCCUCGAGCGAACUCCCGAAAACCUCUCCUGGGCUCAAGAAAUCAUGAGUCUCUCCGACGGCGACGGAAUCGAGCGCACCAAGCGACGAUCUCAGCGAAUGACGAUGAUUUUGGCAAAGGUGAACUUCGACACAAUGUUCGACGAAAACGGCGAGAAGCUCCGACCGAAGCGAUUCAUUGAGCGCAUCAACGAAUACGGCUGCUACUGCUGGGCCCGAGCUGAAGACAAAUUGAACGGCUACGGAACUCCCCUCGACGCUCUCGAUUCUAGCUGCCAGGCGCUUUCCAAAUGCCACACUUGCAUCAAACUCGACUACUCCGAAGAGACCUGCAACCCGCACACCACCAAGUACAAGGCAAAACUCACGCGAAACAACGGAACGAUGGAAGUCGAAUGCACGAACAAAAUGAACAAGAAAGAGACCAACAACGGCGACUGCAAACGAGACCUCUGCGAGUGCGACAAAGCUUUUGCUGAUAACUUUGCUAAGGGAUCAAAAACAAAGAAAAAAUUUCUGACGAAAAAGUCGAAAAUCCGACUUGAUAUUAUUUUUGAAACGUAA